AUGCCGUUAGACUUAUUUGAAGAGAAUGGAGAUGCCGAACAUUACAAUUUUACUGAGCUUCGCUUGGAGAUUAUCGGAAAUAAAGAUCUCAAAUUCAAGUUGUUGAAUGAUGUUGCAUUUAUGAACCAGUUAGUUUCCAGCUUCGUUAGAGGUAUAAUCAAAUUUACUGGGUCGGAGAUUGAUCUGCUGUACCCCUUAGACAGCAUAGAGGAGGUGGUAGUCAUAUUUCAUAUACUUUGUUCCUUUGCCUCGGAAAUUGACCAGUUAACUAAUGAGAGCGUACCCGAGUCAGUCGGAAUCAUGCAACUGGCACUAGAACCUAUAGCGCAACUUUUGAACUAUGUUGUCGAAAAAGUGCUCCCACUGUUGAUGAGCACCAGCAGCGACAAGUAUACCUUUCAGAUCGAAGCCUUAAUGGGUUACUGUUUAGACAUUUUGAUCUUGUUGUCCAACCUUCGACAACCACAAAUCAAUCCAACAAGAAUUUGGAGAUAUGUUACAGCACUAUUGGCGGGUGUUGACAGUAACGGCUAUAGCCCCCUCAAAUUGCAUACAAAUACCUAUAUCAAGCUGUUAAGGUUGAUCCCAUUGGUGCUUGCCACACCCGUUCCCCUAAGUAACCACGCUUUGCUAUCCUUGUCUGUGACCUUGCUCAACAGACUAUCAUCGGUAUGUCAGCUGAUUGUACAGAAGCAUGCAAGUGAGCUAUAUCACUCUCAAGAAAGUCUUUAUCGCCUUGCGUUUGAGGACCGUCAACUCCCCAGCGUUGACUUGAACGAUUCACUAGUUAGCAGCGUGGUCAGUACUGAACUUUUGUUAGAGAUGAUAAAUGCAUCCUCGCAUCUACUUCAUUUCUCAAAGACUCACCAAGAUCCCUUUUUAUUGGCAAUUAGACAAGAGGCACCUCCGGGGAUUUUCAUAAGUACGCCAUUGUCAAAACCAUUGAUACCGGUAACCGAGAUACAUGUCACAUUACUUUUAUUGUUAAAAGUAACGUCAAAAGAGUUUAAUGUUGCGGCACUUAACUUGUUGGUUCUAAUAUUGGAAGUCUUGGGCUUUCUGGAGGUACUUUCCGAAGAUUUGAUAUUUCGUAGCUACGACAAGUUGUUUGCCAAGAUAGUGCAACUUUUGAAUGGUGGUGGUGACUGCAAUGGAAACUACGGAGCUGAUAGUGGCCAAAACACCAAAACCAGUGACUACAAGCAAAUGAAUUCGUUAUUUGAAAGCAAACCUUUACGUCAUUUGCCAUCAUCUUCAACCUCAGCAGUUAAAAUUUUGGCCAACUUGUGUACCCAAUUUCCGAGCUUGAAUAAUAGAAUAUGUGAUACAAAUAUUGAUUACCAGUUGGUUUGCAAGGUGAUGCACUGUUUUGAUCGCACCAGCCUUUUCAAAGAUUUCGAAGAGUUGAAACUUAAAUCCAAGUUUGGAACAGUUUUGGUUGAUUUUACGUCAAUACCUGUUGGUGAUUUGUACUCUACUGAAUUGGUGGAUCUUUUCCUACUUUUAAGUGUGUACACCAGUGAGAGCGAAGAGUAUCGGAACAGAUUAGUCUUGUUUUAUCAAAGUACUGGGUCAAACAUUCCAAAGGUGAUAUUUGAGAUUGUUGAAAACUACCAUUUCCUUCUCAAUCAAAUACGAUUGUUGCAAAAAAUUUUGAGAUUCACAAUAAGAAGUGAGAACGCCCAAAAUGAGACGAUCAAACAUCAGCUAUCUUGGUUAGGAAAGAAUAUGGGAGUGAUUAGCGAAUUCACAAACUCGCCACUUUUCACACACUGUUUUUACUUUAUACGUUCUCAAUCACGAUCGGUGGCAACUUUGAGGACGUUUUUUGUUGAGGCGAAUUCUUUCAAAAGUUUUAUAACACGAGACAGUAAGGCUACCUCACAAGCUGGACAAAAUGGUGUCAACUUAUUGGGCACGAACAGCCUGAACCUGACCAUAGGACCACGUAUGGAGGGAGGAGACACGAAUUCUGCCAUAGCAUCGGAGCCUUCCCUGUCGCUGUCUGCUGGAGGCUUUGUUACCAAUAUUUUAGAGAUCAUUCGCCUUUUCGAAACAUUAGAUUUGGCAUGGGACUUCAUCCUUAACGCAAAUACCAACAAAUCUGUACGCGCAGCUGCUUUUAAAAAGACGUAUAUGACUAACAAGGCGCUAUGUGUGAGCCUCUUGGCGAACUUUAUCCUCGAUUUCAGUUCAUUUAGGUACAAAAUUAUCGGGUACGAAAACUUUUUGUCCAGCUUGUCCAUUAUAUAUCAGAAUUCGGCUUCCGACCUCGAGAAUGUGUCUGAUAUCACAAAUGACGAAAUUUUCGAAAGAAAUGUGAUGCAAUUGAAAAUUUUGCAAGUUAUGAAGAACUUUAUGUAUAAUGAAGCUUCUGAGAAUAAGCAAGAAGUGUUGAAUUUUUUCCCAUUGAGUCUCAUACUUCAAAAUGCAAACUUUGGACUUGUUGCCGUGGAUAAUUUACUGUCUUUGCCAAAUGAAAUUUUGAAAAUAAAGAUACAACAAAAGGUUGUUGCUUUUGAAAUUUUACGCAACUUUACUGCAGGUUCUCCCUCAUUCUCUCGUAUUUUGAGAGAUUCUUAUAUCAAUGAGUAUUUGUGCAAAGAGGAACCCGAAUUUCAAAAGUUGCUUCCACAGGAUUGGACCGAAUUUGUAAUUCGAAACUUGACCGAGGCAUCUGUCUUCAUUCCACAAGCCGAGGCAAACUUUGAUUUUUACAACGAUGAGACAUUGCUAAACUUGAUCAGUAAUGAGGAUUACGUCAAGAUGGUCAGAUCUAUAAACUUUACCGAAGACCACACCUACACUGUCAUUGAUAAAUUGAAACAAGAACUUUUCCCUAGUGACAGUUUGUUGGGCAUCUGGAUGAGGUUGCUCUCAUUUAAGCUACCAGAGAUGAGUAAGGGCAACUCCGAUCACAACAUGAUGCUUUUGAGUAAAAAUUUAAACAUGAUCAAAAUCUCGAUCGCUUGGAUCCUUGUCAAUUUGACUUGGAAGUCUUCGGUUUUUGGGCACGACAUACAAAACUAUAUUGAUUACGAAGUGUAUCAAACUUUUGAUACCCUGAGAAUUAAAAGAGAAAUUGCGAUCCAAGACCAAAAAAAAGAGUCUUUGGAUGGAGAGUCCAGUGAGGAUCGAGAAUUGUCAGGUAGCGAGUUAUCAGUUUAUGAUCGGGCAAAAUAUUUAGAUGAAUUUGGAUUCACAAAGGUAAUCUACGAUGUGCUAACUGAUUACUCAAGAAAGGCAUCAAGAAUCUCCCAAUCGACAUUGGAUGCUGAUAGCUCGAUUGAGCCUGAAGUCUUUGAGAAGCUCAGAAGCGCACUACACCAAAUCAACUAUUUGUGUCGUGGCGUCCGUUCUGGUAGAUUCGUACCUGAUUUGAGAAACAAUCAUACUGGCGGGAGUAAUGACUUGAGGCUUCAUCGAAACCAAGAUAAUUCAGUUGAUGUUAUCGAUGAUGGUGGUGAACUCGCUGAUGAAGAAAUUCGGUACGAAAGGUCAAGGCGAAGAGACGCCAUUGACUCUGAAGAUGAUGAAAACAAUGAAGAUGAAGAAAUGCAGGAGGGUGACUCGUCUGGAAGUAAUGCAGAGAUGCAAGUGGCACAAGCAACGAAUAAUGACAGUGAUGAUUCCAAUGAAGAUAUGCCUCAUGAAUAUUGGGUGAUGUAA